AUGGCUAAGGCUAGUGGGGAAAGCAAGGAUAUUGAAGUAGAGGUGAUAGAUGAAGGCAUGAAUCAAGUUCUGCAGAGGGAUAGUGCUCUUGAAAUAGAAAUGUUAGAGCUAUUUGAAGAUAUAACUCUCAAAGAUGUAGUUGUUAACAAAGCCUGUGUUGGGAAAGUUGUUGGGUGCAAGGACAUGACUGCUUCAGUUGUCAAGAAGAUUCUUCUUGGUGUUUGGCGUAGGUUAGGUCCAUGGAGAAUGAAAAAAUGUGAAGAUGGAGUCAUGGAGUUCUUUUUUGAUGAAGAAGAUGACUAUGCUUUUGUGCUUGAGAAGAGACCAUGGAUUGUGAAUGGAGUGCUGCUGAAUCUUAAACCAUGGCCGGUGGACGGAGAGGUCCGAGUGGCAGAAUUCGAAGUGGCAAGCUUUUGGGUCCAGUUCCAUGGACUCCCUACGAGAUUUCUGAAGGAUGAGAACGCUGCCAUUAUGGAGAAGAAGGUGGGAUCGUUUGUGAAAACGGAUGGGAAACCUAAGGAGGAGCUGGUGCAUAGAGGGUAUCUUCGUGCUUAUGUUGAUGUAUGGCUCAAGCACCCUAUACUUGCGGGUUUCUUCCUCACUGCUGAUGGAAAACCGAAGUCUUGGAUUCAAUUUAAAUAUGAGAAACUUCCCCAUUUGUGCUUCAACUGUGGGAAGCUUGCACACUGGAACAAGGAAUGUUUUGCUCUGUUGGCUAUGGUGAUUCCUAAGGUUGGAGAGGCUGUCCAAAUGUAUGGUACUUAG